AUUAAAAAAAAAAUGUUACAAAUAAAUCAGUCUAAAGAGAACAAUGCCAGUCAUCGUGUCGGACGAACUAAAUCUGCUUUUGGAUGAGUUUUGGUAUGCCGCGUCACUGAAUGUCAUUGUAUUUAUAAAUAAGAUCAGCUCCAGAAAUAGGUGGCUACAGGUUUUCCAGGCGUACCGACUAAAAUAAAGCAGCCUGGAUUCGUUAAACAAUAAUAUUGUCUGUACCGCUCGUCCAGUCAUUGUGAGUCUAUCAAACGCACAGUUUCAAUAUGGACGAUGAUUCUCAGCAAUUCUCUUUACGCUGGCACAAUCACCAGGUGGAUACACUGAGGACCGUGUUAUCUGAAGCACUGUUUCUUAUUGGACACGAUACAAAUGACGAGCGUAAUAGGAGCCCUAGGGCGCAUGUUGACGACGGGGGCCCUGAGUGAUGUCACACUGAGCGCCAGUGGGGCUCUGUUACGAGCACAUAAACUUGUUUUAGCCGCUUGUAGCCAGUACUUCGCACAAUUGUUUAAGGAAAUAGACGCUGAGAACAAUACGCUAGUCGUCGUGUUAGGAUGCGAAGCAGCUGAACUGAGAUUACUUCUAACCUUCAUGUAUACUGGCGAAGUGACCGCUUCUAGACGCUGCCUGCCUGCUCUGCUUCGACUGGCUCACACUUUGCAAGUAUCUGGACUAACGGAUGCUGAUAACAACGCGAAUUUGACACAAACACAAGAAGCGAUCAACGAGCCCGCCUCUCCUAUAAAUCUAGAAAAAUCUGACCCUCAAGAAUUCAUGACAAACGACAUCCAAACUGAAAUUAACAAAACGAAUGACAUCAAAAGCCAGCCCACGGAAUACGUUGAAACUGUUGACAGAAAUAACAAAGAGAAAAUCAGCAAAUUGGACCAGAUUGUACAGAAUCUGUACAGCACGCACCGAGUCGGAAGUUUCAUACCGGAUAUCACAACACCACCGAUACCUACAUUAGGAGAAUCACCGGAUUUCGAUAGAAAAUGGCGUUCGAAUAGUUCGGUGUGCACGAUAUGCAACAAGCGGCUCAGCAACCAGUACAACCUGCGCGUGCACAUGGAGACGCACGCGGGCCGGCGCCACGCGUGCCGCGCCUGCAGCCACGUGUCGCGCUCGCGGGACGCGCUGCGCAAGCACGUCGCCUACCGACACGCGCCCGCCGCGCCACGCGACCGCCCGCUGUGACGUCACCCCGGACCGCAGUGACGCCACACAACAUACAUCGUAACGCUCUCAGACCCAGGGCUGGUUUUUAAGGUUUUGGGGCAACAGAGGAGUGGGGGCCUCUAAUUAUUAUUUUACAAAUUAACUUGAACAAUUAAUUAUUAAUUUCUGUCAGUAAGGAUUUUUAAUAAUUUAUUUAGUCUUUGUAUCAGUAAAUUUUAAAUACAUUGUUAACUAAUCUCUUUUGUGGGGGCCCCUCUCCUGUGAAGACCCCAGAGCAGUUGCCCCGGAUGUCCUUCCCUAAAUCCGACCCUACUUAAAUAUGUACAAUUGUGUAAUACUCCACCGUUCGCUUGUCCUUAUUCCAUUUGGGAUCAGUGCUAGACAAGAAUUUGGCAGAUUUUUGCUGGUUAGUCGGUUUUAUUCCACCGUAUAUACGGGUCGAUAUUGUUUAGAAAAUUUUAUUUAGUCAAAACUUAAGACGAGAACUGACAAUCUGCCAAGACUGGAAGAUGAUCAAAGAGAAAUCAGAAUGAAUAGUUAAUAGACCAAUAUCGAAUAGAAAUAAUAGUAGUGAGACCGACAUUUGACUGUCAUUAUUUCAAAACUUCUACUUUUUUUACUGACUUUACCUUUUAAUAUGUAUGACUAAUUUUCAAACAAGUUCCACUCGACUGAUUAGAUAAAAUCUUUCAUAUACCUUGAAGUGUGACUACAUAUUACCAUUAAUUUUAACUCGUUAACUUAUUUAUUUUGUCAUGCGUACCAAUCCAACAAACCCACUUUAAUAAUAUGGGCACCAAUUGUAGCGUCGCCUUAACGGAAAGAAUGAAUUCCAAUUUUAAAAAAUUACCGCGCUUACAAAUUUUAACAAUACGUAGAUAUUUUCUAGUUUCCAAAAACAAAAUGCUAUGCCUAUUUCAAUCUUAGUAGUAAGAUAAUCAGCCCAUAGAUCAAAAUAUUAUUUAUUGUAGUGUAGAGGUAAGAAUUAUCUUUGUGAACAAAAAAGGUUCCUCAAACUGUACGUAACAGAUGACAGAGGACUACCUACCCCUAAUUACGUUUGACAUCCAUCUUCAAAAAAUAUUUUCAAAUUAUUGUGUUAAUAAAAUUUAUAAAUACCGUAUAAUAAUUAUACAUAAAUACAUUUUGGAAAAUUAUGAAAACCUUUUUUCAUAAAUUUUAAUACACUUUUUCGGGUUAAAACUUACAUACUUUUAAGUAUGUGUAGAGGACACGCCAUAGUGAUGCAACUUAACUUUGUUAUAUAUUUUAGUUUUAUAUCAUCGUAAUAGGACGAGGUGUUUUGAGUAAGGCCUAAAAAUAUAAUUUUGUUAAUAUUUGCAAGCGCGUUAUAGUUAUAUAGUUAGGUACAUAUUCUUAAUCUAUACAAUGUUAUAGUUAAUCUAGUCAUUUUUAGUUGUAAGGACUUUUAUAAAAGACAUAAUUAUUAUCAAUAAAUGAUAUUUUCUUAUCGUAA